UGUGGUCAGUCAGUGAUGAACAAGGCAUAUCUGUACCAGAAAUCCAACAGUCUGCAGCGCAGGGAUGCGAAAGAGAUCUUGAAAGAGUUUGGGCACCUCAUUCAGUGGCGCGGAGAUGGGGAAGAUUCCAUUCUGGACAUCGGCUGUGGCAGUGGGGAUGUCCUGAUCGACUAUCUGCUACCUGUGCUACCUCAGAACUACUCUCGCGUGAUCGGAGCAGAUAUUUCCGAGCAAAUGGUGAGAUACGCCAGAGAUACUUAUGGCUAUCUGAAGGGUAUCUCCUUCGCCACCAUGGACAUUGGCGCCCUCGCGAUGACCAGUGAAAUAGAGCCUGUUCAUCAUAUCACAUCUUUCUACUGCCUCCACUGGGUGCAGAACCAGAAGGCCGCAGUGCAGAAUAUCUACAACCUCCUGACACCCGAUGGCGAUUGCUUGCUCACUUUCUUGGCUAAUAUGCCCAUAUUUGAGAUCUACGAGAAAAUGGCAAGAAGUAAGCGCUGGGCUUCAUACAUGACUGACGUCCACAAAUUCGUUUCUCCCUAUCAGCAUUCCAAAAAGCCCGCUGAGGAGUUUUGGAAUCUCAUGUACGCCGCGGGAUUCACAGAGAUUCGGAUAGAGUUGAAGGAUAAUUUCUUCGUUUAUGACGGAAUAGACAUCCUAAAAAAGUCUGUGAGAGCAAUUAAUCCCUUUCUGGAGAGAAUCCCUGCAGCCAUGCACGAGAGCUUUCUCAAUGACUAUGUAGGCUGGGUGGCGAGAAUGAGUCUUUUCGAAAGCAAUAACAAGAUUAUCACACCAUACAAACUGCUAGUGGCUUAUGGCAAAAAGUAGUGUCUUACACAUCAAUGAAUUGUAAUGGAAAUAUUCUAAAUAAAUUAGUAU